AUGCCCAUCAUCCUAGCUUCACUGGUAUUCGCAUUUGCUCUCGCUGCCUUACCUUCCACUGAACCACUCUCGCCGGACGAGCAGGAACAGGCAGAGCAUGUUGCUUAUCUAAAAGCUGAGCGGGAGAAGAGGAGGAGGAAGAUUCGGCAGAAAGAAGAAGAGGAAGAUAGGAGAAGAUCGGAGAACAGGAUGCUCCGAGAAGAAGCUGAAAAGAGGCGGACGAGGGGGAAAGAUUUGGAUUUGGAGAAGGAUGAUAGAUGGAUUAGGAGGAAAUGUGAUUUGGGAUUAGGAUUGCAUUUGCCAUCUGACGAGUCUAAUGGAUCAUCGAGAGGACGAUUGGUAUCUGAUAUAUAUCCUACAAAUGAACACAAGAAAACCCAUCUUCGUAGAUCAUCUUCAGUUCCUUCUCUAUCAUCGACCUCAAGUGUCAGUUCAAGCUCGAGGGAUUCAAGUCCUGGGAGCUCGCCUAAGAGGUUUAGUGUGACUCUUGUGUGA